AAACAAAAGGUCCAGAAACUGAGACCCAUUGUCAGUUAUUAUUAUUAUUUGUUUGGCCAAUCGAUGAUCACCCACGCUCCCAUGUCUUUCAACCGUUUAAACCCCAUUUUCCCACGAACCCUCCUUCCUCCUCGUCAAGUCCUCUAGUCUUUCAUCCUUCAAGAAAGCAAAACAAGUCUUUACUGUCUACCAUUCUUCAUUUUGUUUCUUCGUUGAACUCUCUCUUAAAACUUGGAAAACAAUAGAGAAUCAAGAUUCAGUGGGUAUGAGUCCAAGAAAGAUACAUUUUUGCAUCUUCCUCUUCGUUCUCUUUAGCUUCAAAGACCCUCCUUUUGUGUUAGCAAGUACUAGGAAUGUAAGCCUUGAGUUCCCUUCUUUCAAUCUCCGUAAUCUCACUCUCCUCGGUGACUCUUAUCUCCGAAAUGGUGUGAUUGGCCUCACACGUGAUGUCACAGUGCCUUCUUCAAGUUCAGGCACUGUAAUCUACAACAACCCGAUUUCAUUUUUUGAUCAAGAAUCCAAUACCACAGCUUCUUUCUCAACAAGGUUCAGUUUUUCUAUCCGUAGUGCCAAUGAAAACUCUUUUGGUGAUGGUUUGUCCUUUUUUCUUUCACAAGAUAACCAAACUCUUGGGAGCCCUGGAGGGUACUUGGGUCUUGUUAAUUCUUCUCAAUUGACCAAGAACAAGUUUGUGGCUAUUGAGUUUGACACCAGGCUUGAUGCCCAUUUCAAUGAUCCGAAUGACCACCAUAUUGGUUUAGAUAUUGGUAGCCUCAAUUCAAUCAAGACUGCUGAUCCAAUUUUGCAAGAUAUUGAUUUAAAGAGUGGAGAUUUGAUCACUGCUUGGAUUGAUUACAAGAAUGAUUUGAGGGUCUUGAAAGUUUAUAUGAGUUAUUCAAGUUUGAAACCAAUAAAUUCCUUACUAACUGUGCACAUUGACCUCUCUGAGUAUCUUAAAGGUGAUAUGUAUGUGGGGUUUUCAGGCUCAACAGAAGGAAGCACUGAGCUUCACUUGGUUACGAAUUGGAGCUUUAGAAUCUCAGGUUUCCUUCCUCUGAGCCCAAAUUCAGAUCCUUAUAAUGUAUCUGAUAGUUCAGUGACGGUAACAACACCUGUUAUUCCUAUAUCAAAUGCUGCAAAUAAACGUCACAAGAGCCUUGGUUUCGGUCUUGGGAUUACUGGUCCGGCUAUCUUUUGUACGUUCCUGGUGGCUUUUGGUUAUAUUUCUUUCAGGAAGUGGCAGAAGAUUGAAAGAGUUAAGAGCCUGAAAGCAGAGCUAAUGACAGGGCCAAAGGAAUUCAGUUACAAAGAGCUGAAAUUAGCCACAAGAGGGUUUCAGUCAAGCAGAAUAAUAGGUAGAGGUGCAUUUGGGAAUGUCUAUAAGGCCUUCUUCAAAUCUUCGGGUACCAUUGCUGCAGUGAAAAGAUCGAAACAUUCCCAUGAAGGUAAAACUGAAUUCCUUGCUGAAUUGUCAAUUAUAGCCUGCCUGAGGCACAAGAAUUUGAUUCCACUACAAGGUUGGUGUGUUGAGAAGGGUGAAGUGCUGCUUGUAUAUGAAUUUAUGCCUUAUGGGAGCCUUGAUAGGAUGCUAUAUGAAGAAGGAUCUGAGCGUGAAAUAUUUUUAAAUUGGGCACAUAGGCAAAAGACAGCAGUUGGCUUGGCCUCUUCGUUAACAUAUUUGCAUCACGAAUGCGAGCAGAAAGUCAUUCACAGAGAUAUAAAGACUAGUAACAUAAUGCUGGAUGGAAACUUCAAUGCAAGACUGGGUGAUUUUGGAUUGGCAAGGAUAAUGGAGCACGACAAGAGUCCUGUGUCAACGCUUACUGCAGGAACAAUGGGGUACUUAGCUCCUGAGUAUCUUCAUUGUGGGAAAGCCACUGAGAAAACUGAUGUUUUUAGCUACGGAGUGGUGAUACUUGAACUGGCUUGUGGUAAGAGGCCCAUUGAGAAAGAACCAGUUGGCCAAAAAAUGGUGAAUUUGGUUGACUGGGUUUGGGGAUUGUAUGGUGAAGGAAAGAUCAUUGAAGCAGCUGAUAGCAGGUUGAAUGGAGAGUUUGAGGAGGAAGAAAUGAGGAAGCUGUUACUUGUGGGUUUGAGUUGUGCUAAUCCGGAUGACACGGGGAGGCCUACCAUGAGGAGAGUCCUUCAAAUCCUCAAUGGUGAGGCUGAGCCUAUUGCUGUGCCGAGGAAGAAACCAAGCCUCACGUUCUCUUGCGGCUUGGCAUUCACGCUUGAGAACAUUGUUUCUGAUUGUGACUAGUCUCAUAUGAGACAUUAUAGCUAACUCAAGUCUUACUGAUUGUUUGAUUCCUUCAAUUUUUCUCCUUUUGUUAAAUUUGUUAGUUUGUUUUCAGUGGUCAGAGACCGUAGGGUUUCUUUCGGCCUUAGUUCAAAACUAUUGUAUUGAACUAUGCAGUCUCUGCUAUAUCUUGUAACGCUUUGAAUGUGUAUUUGAUCUUUUCCAUCAUCAAACAAGUUUUUUCA